GCUGCGCCGCCGCGAGCGAUGGUUCACAGGGCCCGGCGCUGGGCGCGCGGCCCCGGGCGGAGGCGCGGGGCCGGGGCGGGACCCCACGGGGUCUCCGGGCUUGCCGCUAGCAGCCGAGUAUAGUCGUAGGGGACGCGGGACGCGCGUGGGCCGGGGUGAGCAUGAGGACUCUCCGCAGGUUGAAGUUCAUGAGUUCGCCCAGCCUCAGUGACCUGGGCAAGAGGGAGCCGGGCGCGGCGGGUGCGGACGAGCGGGGCACGCAGCAGCGCCGGGCCUGUGCCAACGCCACCUGGAACAGCAUCCAUAACGGCGUGAUCGCUGUCUUCCAGCGCAAGGGGCUGCCCGACCAGGAGCUCUUCAUCCUCAACGAAGGUGUCCGGCAGCUGCUGAAGACGGAGCUGGGGUCCUUCUUCACUGAGUACCUGCAGAACCAGCUGCUCACAAAGGGCAUGGUGAUCCUUCGUGACAAGAUACGCUUCUACGAGGGACAGAAACUGCUAGACUCGCUGGCGGAGACCUGGGAUUUCUUCUUCAGUGACGUGCUGCCCACGCUGCAGGCCAUCUUCUACCCUGUACAGGGCAAGGAGCCGUCGGUGCGCCAGCUUGCCCUGCUGCAUUUCCGGAACACCAUCACCCUCAGUGUGAAGCUGGAGGACGCACUGGCCCGCUCCCACGCACGCGUCCCCCCUGCCAUCGCACAGAUGCUGCUGGUACUGCAGGGGGUACAUGAGUCCCGGGGUGUAACCGAAGACUACCUGCGUCUGGAGACACUGAUCCAGAAGGUGGUGUCGCCAUACCUGGGCACCUAUGGCCUCUACUCCAGCGAAGGGCCCUGCACCCAUUCCUGCAUCCUCGAGAAACGGCUCCUGCGCCGCUCCCGCUCUGGGGACGUCCUCGCCAAGAACCCAGUGGUGCGCUCCAAAAGCUACAACACGCCCCUGCUCAAUCCCGUGGCUGAGCACGAAGCAGAAGGCACAGCGGCUGGUGGUACAAGCAUCCGCAGGCACUCCGUCUCUGAGAUGACAUCUUGUCCUGAGCCCCAGGGCUUUGUGGACACACCUGGCCAGGGCCCUUCGGGGACCUUCAGGUCCUCUCCAACGCCCCACUCGGGGCCUUGCCCCAGCAGACUGUACCCCCCUGCCCGUUCCCCUGAGCAGGACCCAGCCCACGGCUCCCCACCCACCUCCAGCCCUGAGACACUGGUGGACCAGAUCCUGGAGUCCGUGGACUCAGACUCCGAAGGAAUAUUCAUUGACUUUGGGCGGGGUAGUCGCUCCAGUGUGUCUGACUUUGGUGCAACCGGAAGCCGGCCGAGUGUUGUGUGAUGGCCUGAGGUUAGUUCAUGUUUUUACUGACCCUUGUGUAUUUGCGCGUCUGUGGGUGUGUGUGAGAGAGAGACUUGUUUGUUACUCUUUCCUAAUCUCACUAGCCCCCUUGUCACUGCCUUGGUCACUGUAUGCUCACCCCAGGUCUGAUUGGGAUGUCCAGUUGGCACCACCCAGAUGCACACUGAACCACCUCGAGGAUGGGGCCACCAUGUGCCCUUCUGCCUGCCCCACCCUUGGUGCCCACACCUACCCAGAAAAAUGUGAAACCAGUGGGUUCUGCCUGUGCCAGCCCAGCUUGGCCCCACAGUGACGGGGCUCCAGCCACAGCCAGACCUGCCUCCCUCCGCCCUGGGUGGCCACAGGAAGGUGUGAAAUAAAGUUACAACUCCAGGCUCCUGUCUUCCCCCUGGUGUCCUUCUGGGACCCCCACCUCAUUGACCGCUCCCUCCUGCCAGGGGCACAUUCCCAAAUUGAGGGCAUGGCCACUUGCCCAUUGUCCACUCCUCCUCUUGCUUUCAGGUCCAGUGUCGCUAUGUCUUCUUGAUGGAAGGACCUAGAAAGCAUAUAAAGAAGGCCUGACACCUUAGUAGAUGCUAUAAGACAGGCCCUACUGUGGGUCCCUGGUUCCAGCCCCAGACAUUGGCUGGGAGGAACCCACUGCAGCCAGGGAGGGAAGGGGGUUGCUGAAGACCCUGGUGGUACGGGCAGCCCAGCCUUCCCAGCUGCUCUAGGGGUGGUUCUUUGCCUCCAGAGAGGUUUGCUCAGAGUCUGAGGGUAGUUAGGACCUCCCUGGUCCUCAAAUGAGCUGGUUCUACCACCUGGUAAAUGGAUGUAAGUGUUCUUGAGUGCUGGCAGGGUGGCUGCAGGCUUGUACGGCCCAGCAGCUUACCCCAACGUGCCAUCCCUGGAGUAGGCCUCUGUUGUGUUGAGAUCCUCCUUAGAAGGCCAGCGGGAAUAUGGUCCUCUUUGAUCACAUGCUGACCCUUGCCCCAGACACUCAGGCCUUGAUGGUCCACUGGGAAUGACAAGCGAAUAGCAGCUCCAGGGGCAGGGUGACCAGAUCUGGCCAGGACACAGGAUAAGAAGCAGCUAUCUCAUUCUUGGGCUGCAAGGCCUUGUGGGUCCAGGGGAUCUGCUGGAGAUGUUAGGAUGAAGGCUCCCCUGCCCCCCAGGGUGGGAGACACAGCCUGUUCCAGCGAGGGGUGGCCUGCUUGAGUUUCUGUGCCUGUGGUGAGGGCACACACUGGACUCACAGGCGGUCUCAGUGUCACUACUGCUGGGAUGAGACAGGCACAGAAGCAGCUUGGGGAGGAGAGGGGUUGUUUGGUUUACAACCCAGACCCACAGUCCAUUACAGGAAGCCAAGGCAUGAACUUGGAGUCGAGAGCCGAUGCAGAGGCCAUGGAGGAUUCCUGCUCACUUUUUGUGACUUGUUCAGCCUCUUUUCUUUUUUCUUUUUCUUUUCUUUCUUUUCUUUCUUUCUUCUUUUUUUUUUUUUUUUAUUUUGAGACAGGGUCUCUCUAUAUAGCCCUGGCUAUCCCAGAACUAUGUAGACCAGGCUGGCCUCCAACUCACAGAGAUCCACCUGCCUCUACCUCCUGGGUGCUAGGCUAGGAUUAGAGGCAUGGGCAACCAUUUCCUCUUUGCUUAUAGAACCCAGGACCACCAGCCUAGGGGUGGCCCCCCUCCCACAGUGGGCUGCUUCCCACCUCAAAGAAUCUGGAGAGAAUGCUCAGUUCCCUGGCUGGAAGCUCUCUGCAUUGCUUCAGGCUCUCAGGGAAAUGAGUUAGGCCCAUGACCUGGCUAAGCUAAGCCACCCUGUCUCCCUCAACACCAGCAAAGUUUAAUCCUCAACACCCACUUUGAAGGAUAGAAGUGGAAUUAUGGGCAGAGGGCUUCCACUGGGGGGGGGGCAGGGACAGGGGUUCUAUUGUAAGCAGAGCAAUGAUAAUCAGGUGUAUUAGGAUUCUCUAGAGGACAGAACCAACAGACUAUAUAUAAAAAGUAGGCUCUAAUGUCAGUGAAGGGAUGGGCUCGCCAGCAGGAGUGAGAGCAAGCAGCCCAAAGAGAGCGAACCUUCUUCCAUAUCGUUAUAUAGGCUGCUACCAGUCAGUGUAGCCCAGAUUGAAGGUGGUGGGUCUUCCCACCUCAAAGAUCCAUACUAAAAGUGAGUCAAAUAAUUUAAUUAAGAAGCCGGGCGGUGGUGGCGCACACCUUUAAUCCCAGCACUUGGGAGGCAGAGGCAGGCGGGUCUCUUCUGAGUUCGAGACCAGCCUGGUCUACAAAGCUAGUUCCAGGACAGGCUCCAAAAUCACAGAGAAACCCUGUCUCGAAAAACCAAAAAAAAUAAAAAUAAUAAUAAUAAUAAUAAUUUAAUUAAGAAAAAAAAAUCCCUCACUGGUGGUCCAACUUCAUGUGUUAGUUAACUCCAGAUGUAAUCAACUUGACAACAGACCAGGUGUGCAAAGAUUGGCACACAAGGAUGCACCGUACACGAAUUUAUGGCUAGGAUGCCCCACCCACUCCCUGGGAGAUCCCUGAGCCAGGAGCCCGAGUUCCUGGCUGAAAUGUCAUGGUUUCAUGGUUUGUGGCUCCCCACUCCAGGAAGCUCUAUUGCUCUUUCUCCGAGCUCCCAGAUCUGUCCUAAGGCCAGCCCCGUGUCCUACUGCUGGUUAGUUACUGCUGGAUCAGCGUGGGGCUCCAGGGACGUCCCAGUGGAGGCCUCUCAGUGUCCUAGGUUGGUUUUCCAUUGGUUCCCUGGGCCCACCUGAAGAUAUGCAUGUGUGUUUCUGCCCGCCAUGGGCUGGGAAACAGAUGUUUGUCACAAAUGACAAGCCCUACCAAUUGAUCAACACACAGGGAAAGCGUGAAGAAGGGCUGUGCACUGCUGACUGUCACGGGGUGGGACACCAGGCCCUGCCUGUUGACCGUCCUCUCCGAGCCUCAAUUUACUCUCCUGAGGGGAGGUGUGGGGGUAGGGAGCGCACAGCAAACAGCUCUUGGGGAUUUUUAUUUUUUUUUAAUGUUGAGUGGGCUAUGAUGGCAUUUGCCUUUAAUGCCAGUACUUGGAGGCCAAGGCAGAUGGAUCUCUGAGUUCAAGGCCAGCCUGGUCUAUAUAGCCAGUUCUAAGUCAGCUAGAGUUACAUGACAAAAUAAUGUUCCAAAACAAUAAUAAGAUGACAUUGAAAGCAUGUUUCAACUGGAGUGACUCCUGGUAACUGACACUGCUCGGUGAGGCUUCCACUCCCAUCUGAGGCUCUUGCCUUGUUCUGUGCUAACUCCCGAAGGCUUCUGGGACAAUAAACAGCACUGCACCUCUCUAUGGAGAGGAUGCUGUCUUGGCCUUUAAAAGCUUGGCAUGUUGGAAUGUGUGUCCAUCUUUCUUUUUUAAAAACCUUUUCACUGAUAUUUUUUGUGAAUUUCAUAUCAUGCACCCCAAUCCCACUCAUCUCCCCAUCCUUUCAUA